UGACGUGGGGGCACGUUGUGCCGGCGGUUAGGGACCCGACCCGGUGGACGCCCUGAGCGGGCGACGGGGAUGGGGGGGCUGAGGCUGCUGGCUGUGGCUCUCGCGUGCUGCUGGUGGCCGCAGGGCUGCCAGGCUAAGACCCUUCGGGGCAGCUUCAGCAGCGCCGCGGCCCGAGACGGUCAGGGCCAGAGCAUCGGUCACUUCGAGUUCCACGGUGACCAUGCUCUUCUCCGUGUCAGAAUCAACAACAUAGCAGUAGCUAUUGGAAAGGAAGCUAAACUGUACCUGUUCCAAGCCCAGGAAUGGCUAAAGCUUCAGGAAAGCAGCCAUGCUCAUAGCUGUAGUGAAAAAUUAUCCAAAGCUCAGCUGACAAUGACCAUGAACCAGACUGAACAUAAUCUGACAGUGUCCCAGAUUCCUUCUCCACAAACGUGGCAUGUGUUUUAUGCAGACAAGUAUACAUGCGAAGAUGACAAGGAAAAAUCUCAAGUGGAAGAUAUCCCAUUUGAAAUGGUGUUACUAAACCCAGAUGCUGAAGGGAACCCAUGUGAUCAUUUUAGUGCUGGAGAAUCUGGGUUACAUGAGUUCUUUUUCCUCUUAGUCCUAGUGUACUUUGUGAUUGCUUGCAUUUAUGCUCAAUCAUUGUGGCAGGCUAUUAAGAAAGGAGGACCCAUGCACAUGAUUUUAAAGGUUCUGACAACUGCAUUGCUGUUACAAGCUGGUUCAGCUUUAGCUAAUUACAUUCAUUUCUCCAGUUACUCUAAAGACGGAAUAGGGAUACCAUUUAUGGGAAGUUUGGCAGAAUUUUUUGACAUUGCUUCCCAAAUUCAGAUGUUGUACCUACUAUUGAGUCUAUGCAUGGGUUGGACAAUAGUCAGAAUGAAGAAGCCUCAGAGCAGACCUCUCCAGUGGGAUUCUACCCCUGCAUCCACUGGCAUCGCAGUGUUUAUUGUCGUGACUCAGAGUAUUUUGCUACUUUGGGAACAGUUUGAAGAUACCAGUCAUCAUAGCUACCAUUCACACCACAACUUAGCAGGGAUCCUUCUGAUUGUUUUAAGAAUUUGCCUGGCAUUGUCAUUAGGCUGCGGACUCUAUCAGAUCAUCACAGUGGAGAGGAGUACGCUCAAAAGGGAGUUCUACAUCACCUUUGCCAAAGGCUGUAUCUUGUGGUUUUUGUGCCAUCCAGGCCUUGCAUGCAUUUCUGUCAUUUUUAGUGACUACCAAAGAGAUAAGGUGAUUACAAUAGGUGUUAUCCUUUGCCAGGCUGUUUCCAUGAUUAUUCUCUACAGACUCUUUCUGUCCCACAGUCUAUACUGGGAAGUUUCUUCACUUUCCUCGGUAACAUUACCACUGACCAUAUCAUCUGGACACAAAAGUCGCCCUCAUUUCUGAUACUUGGUUUUUACUGAAAGGAAAAGUGAAUUGGGUAAAAGUGCAAUAAGGAUCCAAAUACAAUGACUUCUUUUCAUACAUUGAGUAUGAAAAAUUGAACAGUGAAAGCAUAGCAUGUUAUUUAUAUAACUGCAUUUAAGCAGUGCCAGAACUGAGAAAAGGUAAUAAAUGAAAUGUUUUGAAUAUACUUAAACAAUAAACUUUCAAGAAAGAGUGUUAUUGUAAGGUAAUUGAAGCAAUUUCUGUAUGGAAAUAAAUGUGAAAAAGAGUUAUAUGAUAUUUUGAUAAAAUAUUCACCACUUAUAAUGCUUCAUCUUAUAUAUCAAUAGCUAACUCAGGUGUGAUAGCUUAUAAAAAGUAAUCAGUUAAAUGAUUACUUAUACAUAUUAAACUAGUCCAGUUAUGAAAUCAGUGUAACACACUGAUUUUAAAAACUGCUUUUCUUUUUAAUGCUUUAAGAAAAAUGCAUUUCACAUUUGAGUUUAAAAAAAUUGAAACUGAAAUUACUUCAGGAAAUGAAUAUAAAAUAUAUUCACAGUUAAAUGAAUAUGCUUUUGUUUAUUUGUGGGUAGGGUUAUUCUCCAUUUCUUCCUAUCAUUUUUGGCUCCCAGGUUUUAUCUUGAUCACCAAAGGGCUUUUGACAAAUAGUUUAUGAAAAAUAAAACUUAGAUACAUGAUGUGUUGUAAGGACAAAGAGUUUUAAAAUCUGAGCACUUAGGUGAAGACGCAAGCAGGUUUAUGUGUUUGAAAAGAAAGAAGGAAAAGGUACUAUGUGAUAUGGUACUAAAAUUUUAAUCCCAAUAUUAUUCAUCUCUCUUACAUUGAAUCCCCAAUCAUAAUUAAGCCAUAUACACAGAUUAAAUUAACAGAAGCAUUUCACAUAAAUGUUGGUUUCAGUCAUCAACUACCCAUGAAUUACUGCCCAAGGAUACUUAAUCAGGAUUAAAUUUUCUAUGAAUAAUUGAAAAACAAAAUACUCACUGGAUUUGUUAUAAUCUGUGUUGGCACUGGAUUCUAAGUAGUUGCCAUCUUGAAUCCUUUGUAAUAAAGCCAUAUUUUUGUAUGUAUGUCAUGCCCCAGUAUUGAGUCUGCUAGCUAAAAGACUGCUAGCUUCAAGUGCCUGAUUGAAGAAUUGCUAAAAGGUGGUCAGAGCUGCUGUAGAAAAUAAAAACUUCCAUUAACAGCCACUGAGUGGAAUUUAUUCUGUUGUUGUUUGUCAAGUUGUUCAGGCCUUUCAUUUUUACCUCUGGCUUAUUUUAAAAAUAUUUUCUAUCUACUUAUUAUGUUCUUAAGGAAGAAAUGAUGCAUUGAUCUGACAAUUAAACUUUUUAAUUAAAUAGUUAAAAUAACUAGCACAAC